UCUAAUGUCCAUGGUCUGUUGUGCGUACAGCCCGAACUUAUCUACUUCAUUUUGCACGUUUCAGCGGUGAAGAUAUCCUUUCGUCGAUCGUGGAUCGUGUGCGUCGUGUAGGCUAUACAUACUUACGUUGUAACGAGCACGUGAAAUUACGAGUAAUUAAUCAUUGAUAUUUUACUGGUGACUGCAUUAUAGUGAAGUGGUGAUUGUUUUAUCGUUAUUAUGCCACCUGUAAUUACCAACGAGAUAGAGAUCCCCGGAGAAGAUGUUAUACGAGAAUCAGUCAAGAUUAGAGAACAGUCGGUGCAUCCGGUUUCCGCCAAAGAAGAAUAUGCCAAGAAUCCUAAACUGAAGAAAUCCGAUAUUGAUCAGCUGAACGAAUGGGUUAAAUCACAGUCGCACCUACCGCCCGAUAUUACAGAGGAACAACUUAUAUUGUUUCAUCACAGCUGUUAUUAUAAAAUGGAAGACACGAAGAAUUGUAUCAAUAUAUAUUACACGUUGAGAAUCGGAACCCCGGAAUAUUUUGUCAGAAGGGAUGUCACACAUUCGAGUCUGCAGCAAGCCUUAAAUGUCUUAGAAUACGGCGUAUUCCCCGUCCGCGAUCCAAACGGUUAUCAGAUUAUAUUUCAUCGAUUGAAGAUAUUCGACGCUAGCAAAUACGUAUUCCAAGACGGCGUUAAAUUACUUUCGAUGGCGAUAGAUGCUUGCCUUCAUGUAGAUGGCACAGCUCCAGGGUAUAUAUUUUUAUUCGACAUGAGAGGCGUCAAACUUACUCAUCUCACCAGACUAAGCUUAGGAGCAUUGAAGAAAUUCUUUUUAUACGUGCAGGAAGGCUUGCCAGUUAGAUUGAAAGCUAUACAUGUGCUCAAUACCAAACCGUUAAUCGAUAAGAUUAUGAUCUUAGUUAGACCGUUCAUGAAGAAAGAAUUGCUCAAUAUGAUUCAUUUCCAUGGUUGUGAUGAAUUGGAGGAAGUAUACGAAUCUUUACCACGAUCUUGCCUACCGUCUGAUUUUGGAGGAGACUUGCCAUCAUGCGAAGAACUUUAUCAGCAAUACAUCGAAUGGAUGAAAAAAUUGAAAAAAUUCUUCGAAGAAGACGAGAAGAAGUUUAUAUUAGUAAAUGUAAACCUAAAAAAAGAUAUCGAUUUAAAAGUAGACACCGAACCGAGUCUACAAUCGCUGGAGAUAGAUUAAUCGAUAUUUUUUUUUCGAUGUAAAUAAUUAAUUAAUCAAAAUUUAAGAAAUCAAAAAAAAAAAGAAUCAGUCUAAAGAGGUGUAUAUUGUAUACGUCCGUUUGUUAUGAAAAUGUUUUUCAAUGUUAUUUUUAUUACGAAAUCAAAAUCAGUUUAUUUUGGAAUUUCUACAUGUACCGGAUACAAUUUCAUAUUACCUUUUUACGUUACCAUGUAAUUCUAAAAUAAAUUUAUUUAUUUUUAA